CAAACCCGCAGAAGAAGAUGCGCCUGUUUCCUCCGUUUCACGUGGACUGAAACACAAACAUGACGAAGCUGGACGGAAUCAUAAAACCAAAGACCAAGCGGUCCAAGCGCUUCCUGGAGAGCCGGGCCCCCAAACUGGUGGAGGAUGUGAAGAAGGUGAUGAUGAUGAAGGGAGGCAACACCAGCCAGACCGUCACCCAGGCCCUCAAAGACCUCUAUUCCCUGAAGAAACCUCACGCUGUCCUCUACAAGAAGAAGAACAUCACUCGUCCGUUUGAGGACUCCACGUCCCUGGAAUUCUUCUCCAAGAAGUCGGACAGCUCGUUGUUCCUGUUCGGCUCCCACAACAAGAAGCGUCCCAACAACCUGGUGUUCGGCCGUCUCUUCGACUUCCACGUCCUGGACAUGAUUGAACUCGGAGUGGAGAAGUUCGUCGCCCUGAGUGAGAUCAAGGUCAGUAAGUGUCCCGAGGGGACCAAACCCAUGCUGGUGUUUGCAGGAGACGCUUUCGACCAAGACGUGGAACACAAGCGCCUGAAGAGCCUGCUCAUAGAUUUCUUCAGGGGCCCCACGGUGCCGGCGGUCCGCCUGGCGGGUCUGGAGCACGUCCUGCACUUCACCGCCGUGGACGGGAAGAUCUACAUGCGCAGCUACAGGUCUCUGCUGAAGAAGUCCGGCUGCCGGACCCCUCGCAUCGAGCUGGAGGAGAUCGGACCCUCGUUCGACUUUGUCCUGCGGAGAACCCACCUGGCGUCAGACGACCUCUACAAGCUGGCUCACAAACAGCCCAAAGCUCUGAAGCCGAAGAAGAAGAAGAACAUUUCCCACAAUUUCUUCGGUACCAAGUUCGGCCGAGUGCACAUGCAGAAGCAGGACCUGUCCAAGCUGCAGACGCGCAAGAUGAAGGGCCUGAGGAAGAGGAGGAGGGUGGAGGAGGGAGCCGGGGAGCAGGACGUCCAGACCCCCAAAGUGGCCAAGGAGGAGAGCUGAAGCCCCCCCCACCCCCGGACCCAGAGCCCCCGCCUGACCGUCUGGACCCGCCGGGUCAUGUGACUCUCUCCCCGCAGCCGCCGCCGCAGCCGCCGCCGCA